AUGGCGGAGGCUGAAGAACGCCUUAUGCCCGGUCCUGAGGGCAAAACUCCUAACUUCUAUGAUGUAGAUCGUGGAGUGAAGACAGAGAGCUAUAUUACAGCUGUUUCACGAAAUCCCGUCCCUCCAAUCCAGCCGCCAGCAAAAGGUGUCAGCUAUAGCAAGGUAAUUGUUCAAUUCGCAUUAAAUGAAGCUAUCUACCACACCUAG